AUGCCCUUGCCUCCUCAAAGGGAUAAAAAGGGAGCUUCACACGCUCGAGCAUCCCCACGCCCGGCUAUCCUUGCCGUCCUCCUCCUCGCCACGUCGCUGUCGAUUGGCGUCAUCGGCAGGCCUCUGGAAUACGAGGUGGAAGCGCGCAACGCCCCCUCACAUCCGAUCGCCACUCACCCUGUCAAGGCGCAUCCUUCGGUUGCCCACCCUCACCCUCACCCUCACCCUCACCCUCAUCCUCAUCCUGACUCGAAGCACCCUCAAGAGAAGCCUCAGCAGCAUCCCGCUCCCGGGCAAUCUUCGUCGGGAGUGCCGACGUCUUCGUCCAAGCAGCCCACGUCUACGGUCAAGUCACUGGAGACCGGAUCUACCACUAGCAAGAGCAAGGAACCCGAGCCUACCACGAAGAGCGCUGAGUCGAGCAAGAGCCCCGAGCCUACCACGAAGAGCCCCGAGCCUACGACGAAGAGUCCUGAGCCUACGACGAAGAGUCCUGAGCCUACGACGAAGAGCGCCGAGCCUACGACGAAGAGCCCAGAGCCGUCCUCGACACACAAGAGCGAGCCCAUUUCGUCGCAAAAGACUGAGCCUACCUCGACCUACAAGACGGAGUCUACCCAGUCGUCCGCGCACAGCACGCAGCCUUCCUCGUCUACGCACAGCACGCAGCCUUCCUCGUCCACGCAUAGCAUGCAGCCUUCUUCCUCGGCGCACAGUACUCAGCCUACGUCGUCUACGCACAGCACGGGCUCUCAUUCGUCGACGCCCAGCACGCAGCCUUCCUCGUCUACGCACAGUACGGGGCCCUCUCACUCGUCGACGCACAGCACGAGCUCCCAACACAGCACGGAGCCUACUCACUCGUCGACUCGUAGUACGGGCUCCCAUUCGUCGACGCACAGUACCGGCUCACAGCACAGUACGGGCUCCCAGUCGUCAACUCAUACCACGGAGCCCACUCACUCGUCGUCGCACACAUCUUCCCACACGUCGUCGCAAUCGUCGGCAAGUCCUACUCACUCGUCGUCGCACUCGUCAACGCCUUCGUCGAGCCACAGCACGGAGCCUACUCGCUCGUCGUCGCACACGUCUUCCCACAC